ACAGCUGUUAGUCGGAAAACUCCGCAAACUCCGUUUAUUCCCGGAUUCAGCCGAACCGAGCCGACAUGCGGGACCGGCGGGAGCGCGUGCACGGUUCCCCAUCGAUCCGGCGCCUGUGAAAGUAUCGAUUUGGCGCGUGGACGGAGGCUGAAGUGCGUUUUCCCGGUUUGUGCGUGCGUGCGGAGUUUGAUGUGGCAGGAGAUGACAGCUAGCGGGCUAACUGCAGGCUAGCUGAACGGUGACAGGCUAACUGGAGGCUAACGGGCUAACUGCAAGCUAACGGGCUAACAGCCAGGAUGAAGAGGCUUUGAUAAACUUUAUCAGCAGCCGGACAGACACACAGACACAGACCGUCAUGGACUCUCUGCUGGACUUUGAGGAGUGCAUCAAAGACUCACCUGAGUUCAGGCUGAAUCUGGAUCAGUUUGAGGCGGAUGUUUCUGUGCUGGAGACACAACUGGACAAGGUGAUGAAGCUGUGUGGGAAGAUGGUGGAGGCGGGGCAAACAUACAACGCAGCCAAUCAGCUGUUCCUGAGCGGCCUGGCCGAGCUCUCCGCGUAUCACAAGAAGGACGGCGUUAUCACGACCUGCCUGAACCAGUUCCACCAGGGUCUGCAGGAGAUGCUCAGCUUCCACACCAUGUUGUUCGAUCAGACGCAGAGAGCCAUCGGCCAGCAGCUGACGAACCUCUGCACACAGUUCGUGCCCCAGCUGGUGGAGACCAGGAGGGAGUUCGUGCGGAUCGGGGAGGACCUGGAGACGGCGGCGGUGAAGAGCGCUCAGGUGUCCCGACACAAAGCCGCCGACGCCGAGCGAGCGAGUCACCUGCUGCUCGCCACGCGCAAGUGCUACCAGCACUUUGCCCUGGAUUACUGUCUGCAGCUCAACACCUUCAAGACGCAGCAGAGGAUCGACGUCUUGAACUCAGUGUUCUCCUUCGUCCACGCUCAGUUCACCUUCUUCCACCAAGGCUUCGACCUGCUCAGGGAUCUGGAGCCCACCAUGAAGACCAUGGCAGCGCAGUUGUCGCAGCUGUCUACAGACUGUGCAGCCAAGAGGAAGGAGCUGGAGAACAAACACCUGCUGGUCCAGCAGAGGGACGCUUCUGGUGAGCCGAUGGUCAGCCCGUGUCCCGGUAGCGAUGACAUCAUCCAGGGCUACCUGUUCAAACGCUCCAGGAGGAAAUCCAAAACCUGGAAGAGGUGCUGGUUUACCAUCAGAGACAACCAGCUGAUCUACAGGAAGUCGCACAAGGAGGAGUCCGUGGUUCUGUUCGAGGACCUCCGACUGUGUGCCAUCAAGUCUCUGGAGCACAUCGACCGGCGGUUCUGCUUCGAGCUGCUCUCCGUCCAGAAGUGCUGCGCUCUGCAGGCCGACUCGGAGCAGCUGAAGCAGGCCUGGCUCAGCGCUCUGCAGGGCAGCAUCGACCUGGCCUACCGGGAGAGGGCCGACGUCCAGCUCACGCAGCCCAAAGAGCUUCCUCCUCUCCUGGUUGGAGCUGACGCCUCUCCAGGACCUCCGGCUCGGAGGCCGGCGGCCCUCGGCGUGGCCCUCAGGGGCCCCGGGAACCACCGGUGCUGCGACUGCGGGGAAGAAGAACCUCGCUGGGCCUCGGUCAACCUGGGAGUCACCAUGUGCAUCGAGUGCUCCGGGAUCCACAGGAGUCUGGGGGUUCACCUGUCCAAGGUCAGGUCUCUCACUCUGGACUCGUGGGAGGCCGAACAGCUGAAGCUGCUGUGUGUUUUGGGAAACGACGUGAUGAACCAGAUCUACGAGGCUCGAUGUUCGGAGGAGGGACGAGUCAAACCCAAAGCCGACAGUCCGCGAGCCGAGAAGGAAACGUGGAUCAAAGAGAAGUACGUGGAGAAGAAGUUUGUUCAGAGCAGCAGCUCAGACGAAGCUCAGCGCCGUAAGGACGAGGCCGGGCGGCGCCUGUAUCGGGCCUCCUCGGCGGGAGACCUGGUCGCCAUGGCGGCGGCGCUGGCGGAGGGGGCGGAGGUCAACGGGAGCAUCGGCGACGAGGGAGGACGGACGGCGCUGAUCGGAGCCGCCGUUGGGGGGUCGCUGUUGGCCUGCGAGUUCCUGCUGCAGAACGGCGCCAACGUGAACCACAGAGACCUGCGGGGUCAGGGGGCGCUGCACGCCGCCGCCACCGCUGGCCACACCGGGCAGGUGUGUCUGCUGCUGAAGAGAGGAGCCAAUCAGUACGCGGUGGACGAGACGGGACAGGACCCGCUGGCGAUCGCCGUGGAAACGGCCCACGCCGACAUCGUCACACUACUGCGGAUGGCCAGAAUGAACGAGGAGAUGAGGGACUCAGAGGGCGUCUUCGGCGCCGUGGGAGACGACGAGACGUUCCAGGACAUCUUCCGCGACUUCAGCGACAUGGCGUCGCACGAGCCGGACAAACUGACCCGACGGCAGUUCAGCCGAGGAGGAGACGAGGAGGACGAGGACGAAGAGGAGCAGGAGGGGCAGGAGGAGGAGGAGGAGGAGGAGGAGGAGUGACGAACAGCCGACACGACGCUGAAGACGGAGACGGCAAGUGAUGCUGGGUUACCACGGCGACAGACAGAUCUAACACGUAGUCGACUGACAGCUGUAGUUAGUUUAUACGAUGACGGCGUGAGAACAUCGAGAGGACUGAAGUCGCUUCUCUCUGGGUUUACGGGACCUCCGGGAGAUGUUCGGUGAUUCGUAUGUGAUCAGGUAAAGACAGCAAAUAGAAAAACUCACAAAUAACGAGGCGCAUCUUCAUCGUAGAUUAAUCUUCUGGUUACUUCUUUAGUUAAACGGUCCACAGAUGUCGUUUUAAGGUGCAAAAACAUUCUAACUUCCAGGAGCUGCUGAAGUCGGAGCGAUCUUAGAUUUCCUGCUUGUGUUUACAGUUAAAAACCCAGAUUUUAUUUUUUAUUUAAAUCCCCAUAAUGACAGAAUUUAUGAGCCGGAAACGAUAAAAACAGAACAUUCAACCGUCCAACAGUCCUCGAACGUGACGUGAAAAGUUGAACAAAUUUGAGCUCAGAAUUCUGUAAAAUGAGCUUUCUGUUGGUGCUCGCAGGAGAUACCGGGGCGUCACUGAGCAGAGGAUUGUGGGUAAAAACAUCUAACUGGGUGUCGUAGAACAUCCUGCUGUCAGGAGUCCUCCUCUUGUUUUUCCCCUUUUAUUGAUUAUUGACACUGAAUCAGUUUAAUUUUGCUUUUUAAACAAGAAUUUACCCCAAAAAGACUCUUUCAUGUCAAAUUGUCUGAAUAGGUUUAAUCACUUGACAUAACUUUGUAGAGAUCUGUUUACACUUUGACAUGAAAGAGUCUUUUCUGUGAAUUCUACGUUGAAGCUUAAAUCUAAAAUGAUCCACAAUGAUUUUUAAACAUGUCCAAGGUAUAUUUAAUUUUCCAAACUGACUCAAACUUUGUCCAAAAUCCCAAAAACAAAAAGUCCAGAAUGACUCAAAACUCGUCCAAACUGACAGAACAUGUGUCCAAAACAGCUCUGAGCUUUGAAUCGUGUUACAUUAGCUGUUUGUUUGUUUGUUUGUGCCGACAUGAGACACCGGGAUGUUUGUUACCGAGCAGAGGAUUGUGGGUAAAAACUAAAUCCAACCAGUCCUGCUGUAAAACAUUUUCCCCUUCUGGCCAAUUUUCAUUUAACAAGAAUUUACCCAAAAACAGACUCUUUAAAGCCAAAGUGACGACAGAUUUCUACAAACUAACGUCAAAUGAUUAAAAAUAUAAAAUGUA